CCGGUCCCAGGCCGCUUUCGCUGCGCUGGUGGCUCCCGCUGCUCUGCUGCAGCUCAGGACAACUUCAGAAACCCCCACCCCACCCCCAAAGGCUCCCAGAGCACCCAGGGAAGCAGACUUCAGGAAGUCUCACUGGUCCUCCCAGCCCAGUUGCCACAACAAACAUCUGCGAAGACAUUGGCCAUGGGGGAUGUGAAGCUGGCUGCCUCUUCACACGUUUCUAAAGCCUCCCUCAGUAUGGAUCCCUCAAGAGUCGGCUCCAUGCCCCUGGCCGAGGCCCCUGCCUUCAUUUCGCCCCCUCGGAACCUCUGUGUCAAAGAAGGCGCCACUGCCAAGUUUGAAGGGAGGGUCCGGGGUUACCCAGAGCCCCAGGUGACGUGGCACCGAAACGGGCAGCCCCUCCCCAGAGGGGGCCGCUUCCUGCAGGACCACGGUACCCGGGGGAACUUCAGCCUCGUGAUCCACGCUGUCCAGGAGGAGGACAAGGGGAAGUACACCUGUGAGGCCAGCAACGGCAGCGGUGCGCGCCAGGUGACCGUGGAGCUGACGGUGGAAGGAGGUUUGGUGAAGAAGCAUGGUCAGCCUGUUGCUUCCAAAACCUUGGGGGACAGGUUUUCAGCCCCAGCAGUGGAGACCCGGCCUAGCAUCUGGGGAGAGUGCCCGCCAAAGUUUGCUACCAAGCUGGGCCGAGCAGUGGUCAAAGAAGGGCAGAUGGGACGGUUCUCCUGCAAGAUCACUGGCCGGCCCCAGCCACAGGUCACCUGGCUGAAGGGAAACGUGCCACUGCAGCCGAGUGCCCGUGUGUCCAUGUCUGAGAAGAAUGGGAUGCAAGUUCUGGAAAUCCAGGAAGUCAGCCAAGACGACGUGGGAGUGUACACGUGCUUGGUGGUGAACGGGUCAGGGAAGGCGUCCAUGUCAGCUGAGCUCUGCCUCCAAGGUGUGGACAAGGCCAACAACAGCAGGUCAUCUGUGAGUGGAACAAAGGCCUGCAGUUCAGACAUCAGGAGGGAGGUGACCAAUGGAAUCUCCAAGGGGCUGAAACUGGACAGCCUAGAGACUGCGGCCGAAAGGAGGAACUGCCUCAGUCCCCAGAGCGGUGGCCCUCCGGCCUGGGCCACGGCCAGCCAGCCUCAAGCCCUGAGGGAGUGUGAGCUCGAGCCGGGCAGGGACUCAGCCCAGAGGAUCCUGCAGAAGACUUCUAGCGCCAUCACCCUGCAGCCCACAAGGGUGCAGCUGGAACCGAGGGCACCUGUCUCGGGGGCCCUCUCUCCUUCUGGAGAAGAGAGGUCAAGGCUAGCGGCACCCUGUCCAGCCACCCUCCCCACCAGGCAGUCUGGUCCAGGAAGGCAAGACGUUGUGAGCAAGAUUGCCACCAGGAGAUUCCCCAUGGACAGCCAGAGGGAGUCAACAGUCCCCAAAUUUGAGAGCAAGCCCCAAAGCCAGGAGGUCACUGAAGAUCAAACAGUCAAGUUCAAAUGCGAGGUUUCAGGGAUCCCAAAACCGGAAGUGGCCUGGUUCCUGGACGGUGUCCCCAUGAGGAGACGAGAAGGCAUCGUGGAGAUUUUUGAGGACGCGGGAUCCCAUUACCUCUGCCUGCCAAGAGCCCGGGCGAGGGACGGUGGGAAGUACAGCUGCACAGCUUCCAAUCCCCAAGGCCAGGCAUCCUGCAGCUGGACCCUCCUGGUGCACCGUCGGGCCACGAUGGAGGUGGCCCCGUCAUUCUCCAGCGUCCUGAAGGAUUGCAGCGUCACCGAGGGCCAGGAUUUUGUGCUACAGUGUUCGGUACAGGGGACCCCAGCACCCCGAAUCACCUGGCUGCUCAACGGGCAGCCCAUCCGGUACGCCCACUCCACCUGUGCGGCUGGCGUAGCCGAGCUCCACAUCCAGGAUGCCCUGCCGGAAGACGACGGCACCUACACCUGUCUGGCUGAGAACGCCCUGGGCCAGGUGUCCUGCAGCGCCCGGGUCGCCGUCCACGAGAAGAAGAGUGACAAGAAGUGUGAGUGCCUUCUGCCCGUGGCUCCUGGCAGGCCCGUCGCACCUGUCUUCCUGCAGGGCCUCUCCGACCUCAAGGUCAUGGAUGGAAGCCAGGUCACCAUGACAGUCCAGGUGUCAGGGAACCCGCCCCCUGAGGUCCUCUGGCUUCACAAUGGGAACGAGAUCCAGGAGUCCGAGGACUUCCACUUUGAGCAGAGAGGCACCCGGCACAGCCUUUGUAUCCAGGAAGUGUUCCCGGAGGACACAGGCACGUACACCUGCGAGGCCUGGAACAGCGCCGGAGAGGUGCGCACCCAGGCUGUGCUCACGGUGCAAGAGCCCCAGGAUGGCACCCAGCCCUGGUUCAUCAGCAAGCCUCGCUCCGUGACCGCCUCGCUGGGCCAGAGCGUCCUCAUCUCCUGCGCCAUCGCUGGUGACCCCUUUCCCAGCGUGCACUGGCUCCGAGACGGCCAAGCCCUCUCCAAGGACACCGGCCACUUCGAGGUGCUGCAGAACGAGGAUGUGUUCACCCUGGUCCUGAAACACGUGCAGCCCUGGCACGCUGGCCACUACGAGAUCCUGCUCAAGAACCGGGUCGGUGAGUGCAGCUGCCAGGUGUCUCUGAUGCUACAGAACAACCCAGCCAGAACCCCUGUGCGGGGGACGGAGCCUGCCAGCUGCGAGGGCCUCUGUGGUGCUGAUGGUGGUGGCAGCGAGCGCCAUGGGACCCUGAGGUCCUGCUGGCCAGCGAGAGGGCACGGUUGGCCCGAGGAGGAAGACGGGGAGGACGUGAGGGGGCUGCUGAGGAGGCGCGUGGAGCCCAGGCAGCACACCGAGGAGGCGAUCCGCCAGCAGGAGGUGGAGCAGCUGGACUUCCGUGAGCUGCUGGGGAAGAAGGUGAGUACCAAGACCCUGUCAGAGGAAGCCCUGAAGGAGAUCCCGGCCGAGCAGAUGGAUUUCCGCGCCAACCUGCAGCGGCAGGUGAAGCCCAAGACCGUGUCUGAGGAGGAGAGGAAGGUGCACAGCCCCCAGCAGGUCGACUUCCGCUCCGUCCUAGCCAAGAAGGGGACUCCCAAGACCCCCGUGCCUGAGAAGGCGCCACCUCCAAAACCUGCCACCCCGGAUUUCCGCUCCGUGCUGGGCAGCAAGAAGAAAUUACCGGCAGAGAAUGGUAGCAGCAAUGCUGAGGCCUUGAAUGCCAAGGCAACAGAAAGCCCCAAGCUUGUGGGCAGUGCACCACUGUCAGGGUCCCUGAAACCAGUGGGCAAUGUCAAGCCUGCCGAGACUCUGAAACCAGUGGGCAAUGCCAAGCCUGCCGAGACCCUGAAACCUGUGGCCAACACCAAACCUGCCGAGACCCUAAAACCCAUGGGCAACGCCAAGCCUGCCGAGACCCUGAAACCCGUGGCCAAUGCAAAGCCUGCCGAGACCCUGAAACCUGUGGCCAAUGCCAAGCCUGCCGAGACCCUGAAACCUGUGGCCAACGCCAAGACUGCAGAGCCCCUGAAACCCAUGGGCAAUGCCAAGCCUGCCGAGACCCUGAAACCCGUGGGCAAUGCCAAGCCUGCCGAGACCCUGAAACCCGUGGCCAAUGCAAAGCCUGCUGAGACCCUGAAACCUGUGGGCAACGCCAAGCCUGCUGAGAUCCUGAAACCUGUGGGCAACACCAAACCUGCCGAGACCCUGAAACCUGUGGGCAACGCCAAGCCUGCCGAGACCCUGAAACCCGUGGCCAACGCCAAGCCUGCUGAGACCCUGAAACCUGUGGGCAACACCAAGCCUGCCGAGACCCCCAAACCAGCAGGGAAAGAGGAACUCAAGAAGGAGGUCCAGAAUGAUGUGAACUGCAAGAGAGAGAAGGCAGGAGCCGCGGAUAACGAAAAACCACCUGCGAGCCCGGGAACAGCUCCAACCUUCAAGGAGAAGCUGCAGGACGUCCGUGUGGCAGAGGGCGAGAAGCUGCUGCUCCAGUGCCAGGUGUCCUCUGAGCCCCCGGCCACCAUCACCUGGACACUGAACGGGAAGACACUCAAGACCACCAAAUUCGUCAUCCUCUCCCAAGAAGGCUCACUGUGCUCUGUCUCCAUCGAGAAGGCACUGCCGGAGGACAGAGGGCUGUACAAGUGCGUGGCCAAGAACGCUGCAGGCCAGGCCGAGUGCUCCUGCCACGUCACCGUGCACGAUGCCCCGGCCAGCGAGAAUGCCAAGGCCCCGGAGAUGAAAUCCCGGAGGCCCAAGAGCUCUCUUCCCCCCGUGCUAGGAACAGAGAGUGACGCCACUGUGAAAAAGAAACCUGCCCCCAAGACGCCCCCGAAGGCAGCCAUGCCCCCUCAGAUCCUCCAGUUUCCUGAGGACCAGAAGGUGCGCGCGGGAGAGCGUGUGGAGCUGUUUGGGAAGGUGGCCGGCACCCAGCCCAUCACCUGUACCUGGAUGAAGUUCCGCAAGCAGAUCCAGGACAGCGAGCACAUCAAGGUGGAGAACAGCGAGGCUGGCAGCAAGCUCACCAUCCUGGCCGCGCGCCAGGAGCACUGUGGCUGCUACACGCUGCUGGUGGAGAACAAGCUGGGCAGCAGGCAGGCCCAGGUUAACCUCACUGUCGUGGAUAAGCCAGACCCCCCCGCCGGCACGCCAUGCGCCUCUGACAUCCGCAGCUCCUCUCUGACGCUGUCCUGGUACGGCUCCUCCUACGACGGGGGCAGCGCCGUGCAGUCCUACAGCGUGGAGAUCUGGGACUCAGUGGACAAGAUGUGGACGGAGCUGGCCACGUGCCGCAGCACCUCGUUCAACGUGCGCGACCUGCUGCCCGACCGCGAGUAUAAAUUCCGUGUGCGCGCAAUCAACGUGUAUGGCACCAGUGAGCCGAGCCAGGAGUCGGAGCUCACGACGGUGGGCGAGAAGCCCGAGGAGCCCAAGGAUGAAGUGGAGGAGGUGUCGGAUGACGACGAGAAGGAGCCCGAGGUUGACUACCGGACAGUGACCGUCAACACCGAGCAGAAAGUGUCUGACUUCUACGACAUCGAAGAGAGGCUAGGAUCUGGGAAAUUUGGACAGGUCUUCCGACUCGUAGAGAAGAAAACUGGAAAAAUCUGGGCAGGGAAGUUCUUCAAGGCAUACUCGGCCAAAGAGAAGGAGAACAUCCGGCAGGAGAUCGGCAUCAUGAACUGCCUCCACCACCCCAAGCUGGUGCAGUGCGUGGACGCCUUCGAGGAAAAAGCCAACAUCGUCAUGGUCCUCGAAAUAGUGUCAGGCGGCGAGCUGUUUGAGCGCAUCAUCGACGAGGACUUCGAGCUGACAGAGCGCGAGUGCAUCAAGUACAUGCGGCAGAUCUCGGAGGGGGUGGAGUACAUCCACAAGCAGGGCAUCGUCCACCUCGACCUCAAGCCUGAGAACAUCAUGUGCGUCAACAAGACAGGCACCAGGAUCAAGCUCAUCGACUUCGGCCUGGCCAGAAGGCUGGAGAACGCCGGGUCUCUGAAGGUCCUCUUCGGUACCCCGGAAUUCGUGGCACCCGAAGUGAUCAACUACGAGCCCAUCAGCUAUGCCACAGACAUGUGGAGCAUCGGCGUCAUCUGCUACAUCCUGGUCAGCGGCCUCUCCCCCUUCAUGGGUGACAAUGACAAUGAGACCUUAGCCAAUGUUACCUCAGCCACCUGGGACUUCGACGACGAGGCGUUUGAUGAGAUCUCUGACGACGCCAAGGAUUUCAUCAGCAACUUGCUGAAGAAGGACAUGAAAAACCGCCUGGACUGCACCCAGUGCCUCCAGCACCCGUGGCUAAUGAAGGAUACCAAGAACAUGGAGGCCAAGAAGCUCUCCAAGGACCGCAUGAAGAAGUACAUGGCAAGAAGAAAAUGGCAGAAAACGGGCAAUGCUGUGAGAGCCAUUGGAAGACUGUCCUCUAUGGCAAUGAUCUCAGGGCUCAGCGGCAGGAAAUCCUCCACGGGAUCACCCACCAGCCCGCUCACUUCAGAGAGACUUGAAACCGAAGAAGAUGUCUCCCAAGCAUUCCUGGAGGCUGUGGCGGAGGAGAAGCCGCACGUGAAACCUUACUUCUCUAAGACCAUUCGUGACCUGGAGGUGGUGGAGGGCAGCGCCGCCAGAUUUGACUGCAAGAUCGAAGGAUACCCAGACCCCGAGGUCGUCUGGUUCAAAGAUGACCAAUCAAUCAGGGAGUCUCGCCACUUCCAGAUAGACUACGACGAGGACGGGAACUGCUCUUUAAUUAUCAGCGACGUGUGCGGGGAUGACGACGCCAAGUACACCUGCAAGGCUGUCAACAGUCUUGGAGAAGCCACCUGCACAGCAGAGCUCAUUGUGGAAACCAUGGAGGAAGGAGAAGGAGAAGGGGAAGAGGAGGAAGAGGAGGAGUGAAGCAAAGCCAGAGGGAAGCAGUUUUUAAGUCAUGUUACAAGGACUAAUUCUCUAAAGCUCAAAAACUCAAGAUAGCAAAAGCACCUAGUGUGGCAGGGUCUCUAGUUAGGUCCCUUGGGGGUUGAUGGUUCGCCACAGCAGUUGAAACUCAGCAGCAUCGCUGAUGGGCAUUAAUCUGAAUUAGCUGGCACCUUAAGAUCCUGGUGCAGCGGGAUUUCAUUUAGGGAAAUUUCCAGUAACUUGCCUGAUGAAUUCAGUUCAGAGAGAAAGAGCUACUCACCUGGGCCCACCAUAAAUUUCCCAACUGCACCCACCCGUGAAAAAUAAGGCCACAGUAAGGACUCUGGGCUCUGCAGCCCCAGUUUAGCCCAGAGAGGGCCUGGAGAUGGAAGGCCUCUCUCUCUCUCUGUCUCUCUCCCUUCCCCGCACCCCCGCACCCUCCCCCUGGACUACAGACAGCUGGGUCUUCUCCAGGAACACCUCGCUUUAUUCUGAAAGCAGUUGAGCCAUUCUGAUUUACGAGGCGCACUUCCUUCCAAAGUGUACUGCAGACAUCCAAACCUUGCUUCUCCCUCCCCGGUCUACCUGCAGGCUUUCCUGCAUCUGAUCUUGUUGCGAAUUUAAGCACUAAGACCGUUCAUUACACCUCCUAGAUUCUGAAAACAGGCCCCCUGCUCUCGGAUGACUCUGGCUUCCUUAGGAAAACUAAGAUAUCCUUUCUUCUGAAAUCAGUAGGAAUCUAAAGUUAUCCCCCUCUCUGCAAAUGUCUAGCAGCUUCAGACAUUUGGAUAAGAACUCACAGGGGAGAAAAAAAAUCCUUGUUCACGUGCUUUUCUCCUUGAACCGAGAUUCGUCCUUGUGCUGUUACAGACUGUCAGCUCUGUGUGUGUGGAAGAGAUUUCUGUGUUUGGAUGUAGGAAAAGCCAGUUGGCUGAAAAAUUAGUCUUCAUUAUUUAUUGGCCACUCUGAGACAGACUUCAGCUGACAAAGAGCUAUAGGAUGCCACACAUUCUGGACUCUUUCAAGAUAGUCUGAGUUGAAUGCACCUGCAUUUCAACAUCUCCGAAAAGCUCAGCCUGCCUAUGGGUUCACUAUCUUUUUCUUCUUGAGUGUAGAUCAGCUAUGCCUUGCCCCCAACCUUGAAAUGUAUCUUAGACCUCAUAAACUCACUGACUCUCGCAGCUUUAGGAAUUUUUAACUUUUCACGACAUUGGCACUUAAAUUUUUUGCUUUAUAAAUCCUUUUGAAGUUCAUGAACAAAGAACAUAAAUUGUUAUGCCUAAACAUUUCCUCUGUGUGUGUGUGUGUGUAACAUUCCAAAUAUUUUGUUUUCUUUUCCACUGUUUGUAAAGUGACACAUUUCAUAUUUCAAAGGACUUUUUACUAGUUCCUCAAGAACCAAUUUGAAAUAAUUCCAGUGCAAUCCUACACAGUAUCAACAUUAGAACCUUGAUAUUACUUAGUUUUAUGUUAUCUUCCAUUCUAUUUUUAUCUGCUUUUUGCUGCUAGUUUCAAGUUGCCAGUAUUUUUCCUUUUUUGCUUUUUAAACAGUUAUAAUAUUUUUCAUAAUAGCCACAGUAUUGCCACAGUUUAUUAUAAUAAAGGGUUUUAAUUUGACUUAGAGCAAAGAUUUUCUUCGUCACUUAAUUAUGUUUAGCCUAUAACCUUCGUGUGCAUGUACGUUGCGUGCGUGUGCAGGUGUGACGUAUAUGCGUGUUUACAAGUUAAUGCCUUUUUGAAAUUGUGUUCCUGUUCCCUCCGUUUGUGAUGCCGUCAGAAUGGUAGAUGAGAACACUACAGCGUAGUCAGCUCACCGUUUUUAAAUAAAGGAUUACCACAGUGCA